GCCGGGGGCGGUUUUUCUGUCCCCGCGGCGGGCGGGGGGGGACGCGGCCGUUGGUGGCGGCUGCAGGCGGGGAGCGGCCGCGGGGUCUGUGAGAAGGGCGGCUGCGGGAUGGCCUGAAGGGAAAGGGGCAUCCGUUCCGCACCGUCCCCCCCCCCCCCCCCUCCCUCCUCUCUAGAAGCCUAGCAGGGGGAGGCAGGCUCCGUUUCUUUCGGGUUCACCGCCCUUCCCAACCUGGGGUUGCGGGAAGUGGAGCUGGCCCGGUACCGGCGCCGGUAGAGCUUGGGUGCUGCAGGUGACUGUCUCUGCGAGGCCUGCCUUCAUCGACUUGACUCCUCCUCCGGUGCUGCCCCCUGGUUCUGGCCCGACCUGUGUCACAGCCACGACCCACUAGUGUUGAUACCCGUGAGCUGUGGUGCCUGGUCUUAGUGACGUGCGACAAAAGGGGAUUUAAAAAUUAGUUUAGAGGAGCAAUAGGAGGAGCCUUGCUUCUCUACACCAGAAACUUGAUACUCUUGUCAACAGGAAGGAGAACCUUUGUCAGUUGAAAGAUGGAUGACGAUGACUUUGGAGGAUUUGAGGCAGCAGAGAGUUAUGACUGUGGAAAUGGUGGAAAGCAGACUACAUCCCCUGCUAUUGCAUGGGCAGCAUUUCCUACAGUAUCUGAAGUCCAUAAAUCUCCUGAUCUCCUGGAGCACUCUGUGCCUUCUUCUUGCCUGGUUUCUUCUGACUCAUUCAGUUUACCUAGUGAUAGUGUGGCAACAGCUGUUCAAACAGCCAACAAUGUUAUAAAUCCAUCUUCUCCUGAAGUACAGAGUCAAGCAGAUACUCCAGUUGCCUCUUUGAAUGUAAUUGGAGACAAGACUUCAGUUGCAUCAGCAAUUGCUUUGGUUGAUGCAGAGACACAGGGAGCAAAUGAAUUGAAGAGCUGCCUUCAACAAACUGUUGCAAACCUAGAAAUCAAGCUUUGCACUGCUGAAGAAGAAAAAUUGAAAAUUAAAAAGGAAUUAGAAUAUUUACUGGAAAAACAUAGUGUUCUAGAAGUGGAUUUCUUGAAAGAGAAAAAAGAAAAAAUAAUUUCACAUCAAGAUCAUUACAAGAAGCUCCAGGAAAAACAUAAACAGGAGUUAGAAGACAUGAGAAAAGCUGGACAUGAAGCCUUGAGUAUUAUUGUUGAAGAAUUCAAGGCACUGCUACAGUCUACAGUUGAACAUCAAGAAGCAGCUAUUGAAAAACAGUAUAUACAGGCAAUUGAAAAACAUUCUCACAAGUGUGAAGAACUUCUUAAUGCUCAGCAUCAGCGCCUUCUUGACAUUUUGGAAGCAGAGAAGGAAGUGUUAUCAGAAAAGGUAGAAGAAGCUUUGAUGCAGCAGUCACAAAAACACAAGGAAGUACUUGAAAAAUGUUUGGAUGAAGAAAGACAAAGAAGUAAGGAGGCUUUGGCCGCUGCUGCAAAGGCUGAAAAAGAAGUAGUACAGGAAGCUGUUCUGAAAGCCGUAGAGGAGGAGAGAAGAAAUAUGGAGAAGAUUCAUGCAGAAGAAAGAAAAAUGUGGGAAGCAGAAUGUGACAAACAUAAAGAGAGGAUUGCCCAGGCUGUUUGGGAAGCCAUGCAAGAGCAAAGAAAAUAUAAUCAGGAAAUUGUCAAAGAAGCAUUAAUAGAGGAGCAAAAACGAAGUGAAAAGGCAAUCGAAGAGGCAGUGAAAAGGACAACAGAGGAACUGAUGGAGUACAUUAAAGAGCAGAAAAGGCUUGAUCAAGUUGUUCGCCAGAGAAAUCUGUGUAGCUUGGAACUUUUCCUCUCUUGUGCACAGAAACAGUUGAGUGUUCUAUUAAAUGAAGAGCCAAAUGAAGAGCCAACCACUACAGGGGAAAACAGAGACUGACACUCAGUACAACUCAUACAGUGAUUUAUGAAGUUGCAAAUCUCAAUCCAGGAAAUGAUGGAUAUAUUCUAAUCAUCUGGAAUUGUAUCAUUGAUUCAAGAUCUGUUUGAAACUAUGUUUGAUGGAAGUAUUUGUGGAUUACACUAUUUUCUUAUUUAUUUCUUUUACUACUGUUGUCAAAUUGCAACUAUGAGGCGGAAAAAAAUCCCUGUGAUAAGUUGAUUUUAUUUAUUUUUGUUUCAUUAUAUUUUCUAGUAGCUCAUGAUUGAAAUUCCAGAUAACUGCAGCAAUGAAGAAAACAUUUCCGUGAUAUGUCUGUUCUAGAUUUGGCAUCAUGUAUUGAUCAUAGAAUCACAGAAUGAUGAUCAAUAUUUUUUAUAUUUUUAAAAUGGAGAAAACCAUUUAAUUGAGCAUAGACACCAGUCCAUCUCUGUUUCCAAAAUGUGCAUUGCCUUAGGUGAAUCUGAGAAGCUUAUUCUUACUUCUUGAUAUUCUUACAGGAGAAUCAGUACUGAAACAUGAUUGUUGACAGCCAUUUCUUUAGUCUUUUUUUGAACAGGCCAUAGUAAAAAAUAAACUAAACAAUUCAUCUUUUUAGCAUAAUGCAAAAUAUCACCAUAAUAAAUGUAUAGAAUGUAUUUAAUUCUAUUCUAUAAAGCCAGUUGGAUUCCAAAAAUCAUUUUCUCAUGAAAGUACGAUUAAUGCGACUGACCUCAGUUUCAGGAAGAAGAUGGAUGUAAUUAUCUGGAGACUGAUACUGCACUGCCUCAGUGGAAUUUCUGACAGAAUUAGGAGUGCAGCUUGCUGACCUUAGGUGCCCUUUCUAAAUACACUGAAGGAAGCAGAAAAACUCCCCACUGACAUUUUUUGGACUUUGGAUCAAGUGAUAGGUCUUUCUGAUCUUGCGAACGGCAGCACAGAGUGGAAGUUCUGUGCCUGCACUCUAUCGAUUGUAGAUUUGGGGCCUUAGUUAUAAAAGUUCUGAAUUAAAUGAAGGGAAAUGAAUGUUUAUGCUUAGGAAUGUAAAUAAAAUGAGAGCGA